UAAAAAAAGAUAGAUCUCUCUCAAGUUUGAACUAUUUAUAUUAAGGGAAAUAAUAACAAGUCUACAUGUCCCUCCCAUUACCAAAACCACAAUAUGACUUUCUCAAAACAACUCUUUCUUUACCUCUUCUUCCUCUUCCCUCUCCUACACGCUUCACACACAAAUCAAUGCUCUUCUUCCUCGUGCGGUCUUGACGAUGUCCAUGUCCGUUUCCCUUUCUGGUUACUCUCGAAACAACAGGAGUUCUGUGGCCAUGCCGGAUUUAAUCUUCAAUGCACAAGUAGUCCCAAGACAGCUCUCAAGCUUCCUAAUUCCGGAACAUUUCUUGUCCGAGAGAUCGACUAUAUAAGCCAGCAAAUUCGUCUCCAUGACCCUGAAAAUUGCUUGGCAAGAAAGCUUUUGACCUUUGACAUAUCAGGAUCUCCUUUCUCUGCUCUCUACCUUGCCAGCUACACGUUCUUGAGCUGUCCUAAUGCGGUUGCAAAGUCGUCCAGGUUUGACUCCAUCCCAUGUUUAGGCAAUUCAACGACCUCGUUCUUGGCUACAACUAGUUUGGAUCUCGCAAAAUCUAUGCUGCCUUCUUGUCAGAUCGUCAAGACAUUAGCUAUUCCGGUUUCUCGGCGAGUUACUGCCGGAAAAUCAAGAUUCUCGACUGAUGUCAACGAAAAAGACCUUUGGCUGAAAUGGGAUUCACCAAGUUGUAGCAAUUGUGAGAGGGAUUAUUUGAGAUGUGGAUUCAUAAGCAAUACUUCUCUCCAAGUCAAAUGCUUCCCAUUUGAAAAAUCCGGCAACAACAACACGAGACUACAAGUGCUUAAAAUUAUGAUCCUGAGCAUAAUUGGACCGGUCAUGAUCUUUGCUACUUGUAUUGCAAUCGGAGUUUGCACCUCUGAAAGAUUCGCUUCCCGGAUACAACGCAACGUGGCUAUCGCCGCCUUGCAGCCAAACGAGGUUAUAGUCACGACGGGUCUUGACGAGUAUACAAUAGAAUCAUAUAAGAAAAUGGAAUUAGGAGAGAGUAGAAGAUUACCGGGAACUAAUGAUAUUGUUUGCCCCAUUUGUUUAUCGGAGUAUGUUAGCAAAGACACCGUGCGGUGCAUACCGGAAUGUGAUCAUUGCUUCCACUCUGAAUGUAUAGAUGUGUGGCUUAAGAUUCAUGGAUCUCCUUUCUCUCCUCGCUUUGAUAUCUUAUACACAUUCUUGACUUGUCCUAAUGAGGUCGUGUUGCCGUCUUGGUAUCCGUCCAUUCCUUGCCUAAGCAAUUCCACCUCCUCCUUCUUCGCCACGUCUAAUUUUGCUCUCGCACAAUCAAUGCUUCCUUCUUGUCAGAUCGUGAAGAGAGUAUAUGUUCCGGCUGAUUCUUCGACGUUUGGAGAAACAAGAUUCUCGAGCUACCUCAAUCAAAGCCUCGUGUUGAAGUGGGACUCGCCUGAUUGCAGAGAUUGUGAGAUAGAUAACUUGAGAUGUGGAUUCAAGAACAAAGCCUCCCUCGGAGUAAAAUGCUUUGGUGCUAAAAAAUCCGGUCAUAUAAGCAGUGGAGUAGUAGCAGUACUUAUAAUAUUGUCCAUAAUCGGAGGAGCACUCCUCUUUGCUGCUUGUAUCUGUAUGUUCUGUAUGUGCAACUCCCGGAGGUUCAAUUCUCCGAGCGGACAACCAAUAGAGGUUAUGGCCAGGAGGGGUCUUGACCAAUCUACAAUAGAAACAUACAAGACAAUGGAGUUGGGAGAAAGUAGAAGGCUUUCAGGGACUAAUGGAUCUCCUUUCUCUCCUCGCUUUGAUAUCUUAUACACAUUCUUGACUUGUCCUAAUGAGGUCGUGUUGCCGUCUUGGUAUCCGUCCAUUCCUUGCCUAAGCAAUUCUACUUCAUCCUUCUUCGCCACGUCUAAUUUUGCUCUCGCACAGUCUAUGCUACCUUCUUGUCAGAUCGUGAAGAGAUUACAUGUUCCGUCUAAUUCGCCAUUUGGAGAAACAAGAUUCUCGAGUUACCUCAACAAUCAAAACCUCCUGUUGGAGUGGGACUCGCCUGAUUGCAGAGGUUGUGAGGUAGAUUACUUGAGAUGUGGAUUUAAGAACAAGGCAUCCCUCGAAAUCAAAUGCUUUGAUGCUAAAAAAUCCGGACAUUUAAGUAGUGGAGUACUGGUACUAGUUAUAAGCUUGUCAGCAGUCACCGUCUUUGUCUUUCCUACUUGUAUCGCUAUCCGCCUUUACAACUCCGAAAGCUUCGAUUCCCUAGCUAUCGCAGCCGCAACCGUAAUGCAGCAGCCAAGAGAGGUUAGGGCCACAAGGGGUCUCGACCAAUCUACGAUAGAAACAUUCAAGAAAAUGGAGUUGGGAGAAAGUAGAAGGCUUUCCGGGACUAAUGGUAUUGUAUGUCCGAUUUGUUUAUCAGAGUAUGCAAGCAAAGAGACCGUACGGUUCAUACCGGAAUGUGACCAUUGCUUCCACGUGAAAUGUAUUGAUGUAUGGCUCAAGAUUCAUGGUUCAUGUCCUCUUUGUCGGAACUCACGUGCGUGAAGGAAAUGCUGAAAUGUAUGAAGUCUUCAACGUUUUGAUGAAUGUCACUAAUUUAUUAUGUGUUUUAUGGAGUGAAUAUUUAUGUUCUUGAUUAACGAUUAAUCAUAUGCUUAUAUUCAAUGUUGUGUCGAUGAAUGUGUUACGAUAAUUACAGGAACGAGAGAUGCUUUAUUGCCAAAGAUUUGAAGUUUCACAAUCACAUUUUACUGUCUUAACGAAUGUGAUCAACACAGACUCCUUAAUAACUUUUGCUAAAGUUG